UGACAAACGGGCAUACUAAUCCAGAGGGAGUUGAGGAGGAGAGGCUCCCCUUAGACUUGACUUUCCCCGAAACAUCAACAAGUGACUGUGCUACGACCGAGUUCCAGGUGACAAACGGGCAUACUAAUCCAGAGGGAGUUGAGGAGGAGAGGCUCCCCUUAGACUUGACUUUCCCCGAAACAUCAACAAGUGACUGUGCUACGACCGAGUUCCAGGUGACAAACGGGCAGACUAAUCCAGAGGGAGUUGAGGAGGAGAGGCUCCCCUUAGACUUGACUUUCCCCGAAACAUCAACAAGUGACUGUGCUACUACCGAGUUCCAGGUGACAAACGGGCAGACUAAUCCAGGGAGGGAGUUGAGGACGAGACGCUCUCCUUGGAACUUUAUGUCUACAUAAGCAUCAAACAGUGACUGUGCUACUACCGAGGGAAACAAACGUUUGUGAAACGCAGCUGGACGUCAGCAGAAAGUGCUGCUGUGGAACAACACUUGGGUUAUGAAAUGGACAAUCAAGAACCAGGUUCCAGGGAAAGAUGCAUGUCCAGACGCUCCGAUCCACUCUCUCCCUGAAGGAGCGCCCCCUGCUGGCCGACAGGACAACAACAGCCUGGAUCCACCCAGAAAGAAGAAUGCAGCCGGGGAUCAAGGGAAAAACAAAGGGGGGAGGAAGAAGAGGGAGUACGUACCCCAGAGACGGUCUGGAGGCUACGCUGUUCUGCUCACACUUUACAGAGUGUCUCAGAUCCCAGGCAGCAAAGGCUACAUGUUUAAGAUGGAGCUCCAAGCAGAAGCUCAGCAGCUCUGCGAUAAGUCCUUCUCUGUGCCAGAUCUGGGCAGUAAGUACACGGCCUGGUCUUCAGUGAGCACUCUGAUCCAGAAGAACCUGAUGAUGAAGACCCACAACCCUGCAAGGUAUUCUCUGACAGAAGAGGGUCUGGCUUUAGGGGAGCGCCUCGAGUCUUUAGAGGGAACUAAAGGUCCAGAAGGAGACAGAGAGGAGGCCAGGAGUGAAGGAAACGAGCAGGAGGAGGGAGAAGAAGGUGGCCCGGGGAUUGUGGACCUCACUGUUAGUGAUGAUGACGAAGAGGAGAAGGAAGAGGAGAGAAUACAACCUGCAGAGAGGCCGACCUCCUCUGCUUCCCAGCCGAGGGUUCUCGUUCCUGGGAUGUUCUUUUCAGGGAAACCCCGAAAUGUACCGAGCAGAAACCCAAAGUCCUGGAGUCUCCUUCCCGGCUCCUACGAGAUCAUCCUCUGUGUGGACUUCAUUGAGACAACGGGCGGAAGCAAAAACUGCAAGCAGGAUCUGGUCAAAGAGCUGCAGAGGAACGGAGUGACGUUCGAUGUGAGGAAGCUCAACGUGGGAGAUUUCCUGUGGGUCGCUCGGGAAAAGGUCGCGCCUAUUCCAGGUCAGUUGCGGACCCCCGUUGGCCGUGAGCUCGUCCUGGAUUACAUCAUCGAGAGGAAGAGGAUGGACGACCUGUGCGGCAGCAUCAUCGACGGGCGCUUCAGGGAACAGAAGUUCCGUCUGAAGCGCUGUGGUCUGCGUAACCCCUGCUACCUGGUGGAGGAGUGUGGGAAGGCUGCCUCUCACCUGAGUUUACCUGAGUCCACGCUGCAGCAGGCCAUCAUCAACACACAGGUUAUUGAUCGCUUCUUUGUGAAGAGAGUCCAGGAUGUGAGGGAGUCGAUGGCCUACCUCACCGUCAUGACUCGAUACCUUAAUAAACUCUACCAGAACUGUACGCUGACGUGUCGCUCCAGAGAGCUGGAGGGGGAUAGAGAGGAUGAGGAAGAGGAGAGAGGGACCCCCCCCUGCUCUCUUAUCUCUUUUGCAGAGUUCAACCACGGUGCAAUCAAAAACAAGAGUCAGACGGUGAAAGAAGUGUUUGCCCGGCAGCUGAUGCAGGUGAGCGGACUGUCGGGAGACAAAGCAGCUGCUAUACUGGAGCUCUACAGCACCCCGCUCAGUCUCCUGACAGCCUAUGAGCGAUGUGCAGGUGAAGCUGAUAAGGAGAAGCUCCUCUCCUCCAUCAGAUACGGGAAGCUCAAAAGGAACCUGGGUCCAGCUCUGAGCAGAACAGUUUAUCAGCUGUACUGCACUCAGGGAGCACUGACGUAGCUUAAUAUAAAAACAUAUCAUGAACAUAUUUUCACUUAGUUUCCAUCCCUACCUUACUUGAAUUAAACACAUUUUAGGAUGGAAACGUCCUUUGUUAUGUAAAUAUUAACAUGCUGCUAAGUUCUCAUCACCGUAACAUAUUGCUACUUGUAUGAAGAAUUUCACAAACGCCCCCUGAAACUUAAAUAAAGUUUAAGAUUUUAAAUAGUAUUGUUGUUAUUGCAUAUGGAUGUUUUACACUACAGUUUGUGAAGAAAGCACUGUGGUAAACUUCUAGACAGUCAGAAAUGAAAUAAAGAAGAAUAUUUGUAUUUGUAAAA